AUGUUGGUCGAGCUAGACAAGCUCCUCAAACUAGCCGGCCCGAUGCUCUUCGUCAGCCUGCUGCAAUUCGGCAUCCAGAUGCUGUCCGUCAUGUUCGUCGGACGGUUGGGAGAGCUCCACCUCGCCUCUUCUUCCCUCACAACUUCGAUCGCAGGUGUCACCGGAUACACCGUCAUGAUUGGGAUGGGCUCCGCGCUGGAGACGCUGUGCGGGCAGGCCUACGGUGCCAAGCAGUACGCGAUGCUGGGGGUCCACGCGCAGAGAGCAAUGCUCGUGUUCGGGAUCCUCAGCAUCCCGAUUUCCGUGCUGUGGAUAUUCACGGGCCCGAUUCUCGGGGUCCUGAAGCAGGACCCCGAGAUUUCGGCCAUGGCAGGAGAAUCGGCCCCGUGGCUGAUUCCCAGCAUUCUGCCGUUCGGGAUUCUGCAGUCGCAGACUCGAUUCCUACAGACCCAGGGAAUCACGGUCCCGCAGAUGGCGACCACCGCCGUGGGCUGCUUGGUCCACGGCGUGGUCUGCUGGGUGCUGGUGGACAAGCUUAAGAUGGGGAACAGCGGGGCGUGCCUGGCGAACGGGGUGACUUACUGGGUCAUUGUGAUCGUUCUGGCGGGUUACAUCAAGGUCUCGAGCUCGUGUCAGGAGACAUGGAAGAGCUUCAGCUUGGAGGGAGCUAGAGGGGUUCUUUCGUUCCUCAAGUUGGGUGUUCCUUCAGCUUUCAUGAUGUGCUUGGAGUUUUGGUCUUUUCAGGUUUUCAUUGUGCUAGCUGGCCUUCUUCCUGAUGCAGAGCUGGAGACGUCCAUGAUGUUGAUCAGCCUCAACACUUGCGCCGUGGUUUUCCGGAUCCCUAAUAGCCUUGGCAGCGCUGUAAGAUAUACGUGUUUUAAACGCAGUACGAGAAUCUCCAACGAGUUAGGAGCAGGGAACCCGGGCGCAGCCCGAAUGGCGGUGCGGGUCGUGCUGCUGCUGGCGGUUUCGCAGGGCCUGCUGGCGAGCUCCAUCGCCACGGCGACUCGGCACGUGUGGGGAUGCAUCUACACCGACGACAAGAUCCUGAUCACCUACCUAUCGGUCGUCGCCCCGAAGAUCGCGGUGUGCAACUUCAUCGACGGGAUCCACGGCGUCCUGUCUGGCUGCGUCAGAGGGUGCGGGUGGCAGAACUGCGGCGCGUAUAUAAGCCUGGGGGCGUAUUAUUUCGUCGGCAUCCCGGUGGCUCUGCUCUUUGCAUUCGUUUGGCGUUACGGUGGAGAGGUAAGCUUAUAA